UGUGCCUCUACCUCCCAACUAACGGCCUCUUCCACAAUAAAAGACUUGCGCUCCCUUGUCAGACCUCUGGGUCCUGUUCACUCGCACAUGCGUCCUACUGCUACCAUCAUGGCACAACCACCGAGCGACGCAGCGUGGUACACCACAAUGGUUGUCAUGGACUACAUGCAGGCCCCCCUUGUAGCACUCUACUACCUGGGCGCCACAUCAUUUGCCCUCUGUGUGCUCCACAAGGCUAAGCCAGUCCGUCCGACCCCAAGGAGAAUUGCAGCAUUUUCAUCCGUUGCGUUGCUCGUGGCCUACUUCGCCGAAACAAUCUACUACCUCAGUCGUCACUUUGCCGAUGCACGCUACUCCCCACCACAGCACGCGGCGGUUCGCUGCCUUGGAUCCAUGCUCUUGUGGAUCCCCCUCUCGUCCAACUUGCUUGGAAAGACAGAAUUCAUCUGGCAUCCAUACUUUGGGGCUUUCGUUGGCCAAUUCGUUUUUGAGACCGCCAUCUGUAUGUUCCGCAGGAUUGCGCUUUCCCAAGACGACCGGUGGAGCAAUGUACCUUUCAGCUUGAGCACCUUCCGAGCUGUUGCCUCUUUGGUCCUCCUCAUCGACGGGUUUGUUAUUCUGAUCAAGAAGGUGGCGGAGAAGGGAACGAAGGAUGAAGAGCAGUCUUUGCUGGGCGCGCAGCCAACAGAUUCCACGGCCCCGAACGGAAAUUCUACAACCGAAUACGGCUCCAUCGAUCAAGCAAAUUCGGAUGACGAAGAUGAAAAUCAUCUAGACAAGUACGAAAAGGAGCUGCAAGAGCAGCAGGCUAAAAGGCUAGCGGAGCAAGGUGGUUGGAUCGGCUAUCUCAAAAGUUUCACCGUCUUUAUCCCUUAUCUGUGGCCCAAGGACGAUUGGAAGGUCAUGGGUUGUCUGGCUAUACGCCUGGUCCAUCUUCUUGCGAGCCGUGCACUCAAUCUUCUGGUGCCACGUCAACUCGGUAUCAUCACGAACAAACUGACCAUGGGUGCUACCGUUAUGCCUUGGCACGACAUCUUCCUGUGGGCUCUCUACUCGUGGUUGGACAGCUAUGGCGGCCUUGGGUUUAUCGACUCGCUCGCAGAUAUAUACAUCGGAAACUCAGCCUUUGAGAGGAUCACCAUACUUGCCUAUAACCACGUCAUGAGCCUCGGAAUGGAUUUCCACACUAGCAAAGACUCGGGAGAAGUCCUCAAGGCAGUCGAACAGGCUUCGUCGCUGAAUUCUCUGGUUGAACUGGUGCUCUUUGAUAUCCUUCCCAUCUGGAUAGAUUUGUUUGUGGCCAUGUACUACGUCACUCAUUUGUUUGAUGUAUACAUGGCAUUUAUGCUCCUCUUCAUGGGCAUGACCUAUAUUUGGAUCGGCGUCUAUGCCACGACCUUGACUCAGCCAAAACGUCGUUCAUACGUGGAGAAGGCACGCUCAGAGAGUACCACAGUCAACGAGACUGUCCACAACUGGCAGACGGUGGCUUACUUCAAUCGUACGGGACACGAGCGUGAGCGUUAUCGUGCCAACAUCCGCGCUACCAUUCAAGCGGGCUAUGACUAUUACUUUCGGUCCAUGGGUGGACAUGCAGCUCAAGACUAUCUCAUCAAUUUUGGAUACGUGGGCUGCUGCUGCUUCGCCAUGUCACAAAUCAUCUCUGGCGAGAAGCCAAUUGGAAGCCUGGUGACUUUCAUGAUGUACUGGGGCACCAUCACCGGCCCAAUGUAUGUCAUGGCCGGCGGUUUCCGCCACAUCUCAAACAUCCUGAUUGACGCCGAGCGCCUUCUCCAACUCCUCACCACAAAACCUUCUGUCUCCGACAGAGAAGACGCAAAAGACCUCGUUGUAAAGGAAGGAAAAGUCGAAUUCGAUGGCGUCGACUUCGCCUACGACCCCCGCAAACAAAUUAUCAAAAACGCCACUCUCACGGCCGAAGGCGGUCAAACCGUUGCUUUCGUCGGCGAAACCGGCGGCGGCAAAUCCACCAUGCUCAAACUCCUCUUCCGCUUCUACGACAUAACAUCCGGUAGCAUCGUCAUCGACGGUCAAGACUUGCGUUCAGUAACAAUCUCCAGUCUCCGCGAAUCCAUCGGCCUCGUCCCCCAAGACCCAGCCCUCUUCAACCAAACCAUCCGCACAAACAUCCGCUACGCUAAACUCGACGCCACCGACGCCGAAGUCGAAGAUGCAUGUCGCGCUGCCGCAAUCCACGACGACAUCAUUUCUUUCCCUGAUGGCUACAACGCCAAAGUCGGCGAGCGCGGCGUCCGACUCUCGGGCGGCCAACUUCAACGCAUAGCCAUCGCCCGCGUGCUCCUCAAGAAUCCGAAGAUCGUCAUGCUCGACGAAGCGACCUCCGCUGUCGACUCGGCCAUCGAAGCGAAAAUCCAGGAAGCGUUCCAGAAACUGAGCAAAGGUCGUACUACAUUUGUCAUUGCGCAUCGUCUAAGCACCAUCGUCGACGCGAAUCUCAUUUGUGUCAUUGAAAAGGGCGAGAUUAUUGAGCGCGGCACGCAUAAUGAGUUGUUGUUGAAUGGCGGGAAGUACUAUGAGCUUUGGACUAAGCAGACGACGGGUGCUGCGCAAACAGCUGUGGCGAGUAAGGCUGGAAGCAGCAAGGCUGCGUCUGUGAAGGACGAGGGUGAGCCAUUGAUUGAUAUCACGCCUUCUGAGGACCAGGACGAAGCUACGGCGACUGGUAAGAGCGACGGUGGGGAUGGGGGUGGGUCGGUGAGUAAGAGAAAAUAG